AUGGCGCGCCGCAUCCUCAUCCUCGACGGCGGGCUCGGCACGUCGCUCGAGCAAAAAUACAGCGUCUGCUUCUCGCACGACGCCACUCCGCUGUGGUCGUCGCAUCUGCUCCUCGCCCACGACGACCAGUCGCUGCUCCUCCGCUGCCACGCAGACUUCGCCCGUGUCCCCGUCGACGUCCUGCUCACCGCCACGUACCAAGUCUCGGCCGACGGCUUCGCCCGCUCCGGCGUCGUCGACCCGGCCCGCAUCCCGCACCACCUCGAGGCCGCCGUGCGCACCGCCGAGCGCGCCGUCGCCGCGACCGCCGACGAUGCCCGAUCCUCGGCCCCUGUCCUCGCCUUGAGCCUUGGUCCCUACGGCGCCUGCAUGGUGCCCAGCCAAGAGUACAGUGGCCGCUACGACGCCGCCCACGGCUCGCGCGCCGCCCUGCGCGCCUGGCAUCUCGACCGCCUGCGCCUCUUUGCCCCCGUCGAGCACCUGGCGCAGCGCGUCGCCUAUGUCGCCCUCGAGACGCUACCGCGCGUCGACGAGAUCGAGGCCGCGCGCCAGGCCAUUGCCACCGCCCCCUCCUCCUCGCCUGCCUUUGCCGCCGUCUUGCCCUUCUGGAUCUCGUGUUUGUACCCUUCGGGCGAAACGCUACCUGACGGCACCACGCCCGAGGACGCCGUCCGCGCCAUGCUCGACCCGGCCGUCGCCCCGAGCGCCGUGCCGUGGGGCAUCGGCAUCAACUGCACAAAGGUCGACAAGCUCGACGCGGUCGUGCGCCGCUACGAAGCCGCCGUGGCCGUCUUGCAGCGGCAGAGUCUCGUUCGUGAGUGGCCCGCCCUGGUGCUCUACCCGGACGGCACCAACGGCCAGGUCUACAACACGGCCACGCAGACGUGGGAGGAGGGCGGCGGGUCGCCAGACGGCGGGGGGGGCGCGGAGCGGAUCCCCUGGGAGCAGCAACUGGCCGACGUCGUCGAGGGCGCCGAGGCAAGGGGCCGGUGGCGGCAGAUUGUGGUAGGGGGCUGCUGCAUGGCCACCUGCGACGAUAUUGCGCGUCUUCGUGGCUUGUUAGUGCAACGAGGAAAAGUCUAA